UUAGAUUCAACUUCAGAUCCUGGAUUUCUUGUGAAUCAAACUCCUGAAUCCCCUCAUCAAACUUCUCCUUAAUAUUCUUUUUACUCAACAGCUUCUUCGGGCCGGGUCUUCUACUACAUCUAUAUAAACAAAUUGAUAAAUUAAUAUUGAAAGAGAUGGAAGGUGGAGAAGUAGGGAAGGAGGAAUCACCGACAUCACUACCACCAGGAUUCAGAUUCCAUCCAACAGAUGAGGAGCUCAUAACAUUCUAUCUACUCAACAAGAUUUCUGAUGCCAAUUUCAAUGCAAGAGCUGUUGCUGAUGUUGAUCUCAACAAAUGCGAGCCCUGGGAGCUUCCAGGGAAGGCGAAAAUGGGAGAGAAAGAGUGGUAUUUCUUCAGCCUUAGAGAUCGGAAAUACCCGACCGGAGUGAGAACAAAUCGAGCCACAAACACCGGAUACUGGAAGACCACCGGAAAAGACAAGGAGAUCUUCAACAGCGUGAGCUCAGAGUUGGUGGGUAUGAAGAAGACUUUGGUGUUCUACCGAGGGAGAGCUCCCAGAGGAGAGAAGACUAAUUGGGUCAUGCAUGAAUAUCGUAUUCACUCCAAAUCCGCUUUUAGAACUUCCAAGCAGGAUGAGUGGGUAGUUUGCCGGGUGUUCCAAAAGAGUGUUGGUGCGAAGAAGUUGUCCUCGUCAAGCUCGUCAAGUCAUUCAAGGCAACUACUACUCCCCUACAACCUUGAAAAUGGACCAACUAGUAAUAAUCUUUUUAUACCCUCACCAAUCAUGACUGCACCAGACAAUAACUACGGACUUCCGAUGGGACGAAGCUAUAUGAGCAGUGCAGAGCUGCAGGUAGAGCUCAACCGGGCUCUGGAAAGAAGUGGAGCCCCAGGCUGCAGCUCCCUAAAUCAAGUACCCCACAUCGCCACAUCCUACCCACUUGGGUUCACAGUAUCCGGCUUGAACUUGAACCUGCUUGGAGGAGCUGCCACCGCACAGACACACUCCAUCUUAAGGCCGAUGCAACCAGCUCCAACUCCGCCUCCCCUCUUGAAUCAAGAUGCAAUCACUUCUCUUGCUCCAGGUUACGGUGGAGAGAUUAGCAAUGCUAGUAUGGGAAUAAUAAAUGGGCAUGGAAACAGAUCAUAUAUGAAUGAUGUUGAGCACUGCAUGGAUUUGGAUAACUACUGGCCUUCCUACUGACACUGCAAGUUUGCUGAUACAUAGAGUUUGAUUCGUAGAUUAAUUAUAAGUUAUAAUUAAUGUUGUUUAGUUUGCAAGGACACCAGCAGGCAGCAGGUUCUGUUCUUUAUCGCGCGUUUCGGGUGUAAAUGCAUGGGUUUCUUUUUUGGUUAAUUAGGAAUGGAAGUGGACUCUCUUUAUCUGAGAGCAUCUACAUCUUUCGCCAUCCGUUGAAGAAAAUAAUUGUUUUGGCAUUCCCAGUCCCACUCAGUUUGUAAUUGUACGUGUAUUAUUUCUGUCAUUAAUUAAAAUAUACGUCAAAAAAUUCGCAGUCUUGUUAUUUUCGUUUUGCUUGUUCCUAACUGUUCCAAGGCAGGCCACAACAUCCGCCUUGUUUGGAAAUUUAGUGAGGAAGAGAUCUGAAGGAAUGUAUGGUUACAUGACUUCGUAGUAACAACUCACUCGAGGUAUCUGGAUAUCUAAUUGUCUAGUAAUAGACUAAUAGUAUAUAUGAAAUGCUUCUAUCCACCUUCUUCACAAAGAUCUAAAAUGGAGGAGAAACAAAAGAGCAGGGAGCUUCAAAAAAAAAA